AUCUUAUCACCUUGUUUUGAAAUCACAAAAGAAUGUGUUAAAACUUCUAAUAGUUCAGUAUAUACAAUUAUAUGAAAGAGUUUAAAUUCCAAUUCGUUUUGAAUAGAUUUGUUUUCAAUGGUAACGGUACCAGCGAUCGAUACAAUGUGAAGCAAAACAAUUUGUUCUCUUAGAAUGAAGGAAGAAAAAAAGACUUUGAACUAAUUGAGGAAAUCUACUGUGUAAAGACCGUUAUCGACGCCUUGGAAGUGAUUGUUAUAACAAGUAAUCGUUAGACAUACGUUAACAACAAACAAUCGUCGUAUUCAAAUAAAAUCUCAAUAGGGAAUUACAAUACAAACAUUGAUUAUCAGCUUAGAAAUGGAAUUUGUUAAUAUGUAUACAGUGAAGUUAGUCAAUACAGAUAUAAUCAAAAUUGUUUGAACCACCUGAUUUGAAUGACAGUGAACUUUGGUAAACUUUUACACGCGCCACUUGUCGUAACCGUGUUUCGGCGUUGAACCUACUUAGAAUAGAAAGAUUAAAUUUGUGGGGGUAUUUAAAUACACUUCGUAUAAAGAUUUAUGAAACCAAAUGCUUUUUAAUUUGUGAUCAAUAUUGAAAAAAGGUUGAAAGUUAAAACCGCCUGGUAAUUCAAUAGAGUUGAUGUGAGAAAAUUAUUCUCCAAUUACCAUAUAAAAUAGAUGUUUGGUAACAUCAUACAAUCAAUAGUAUUUCCGUGUAAAUAGAUAUAUUUGGAUCUUUUUCAUUAAUGUUUACAAAGAAACUGCCAUUAGAAAACAAUAAACAAUUACUUAACUCAUUAUUUGUUUAUAUGGAAUUAUGGGUCCAUUGAAUACAUAUGAAUACCCAAUGGACGUGUGCAGCGAAGAAGGAUACGGUAAUGAGACAUGGCAGACUAGUUCCCGCCUUUCCUGGUACUAUUCUGACGAUUUCGACGAAACCAGGCUUCCAUCGGCUUUCUCUGAGAUGGGUAUUGAGGAAACUGACGAAGGCAGACUUUCGCGCGCUUUACAGUCAUGGAUGUCGGACUAUGUGAUAAAAAGUAUCGAGCCAAUGGACAAACCUGCUUUGCAACCAAUAUUCUCUGGAAAAUUAGGAAAAGAUAGAGAGAAAAUUAGUGUAGAUAGAACCAGGCGUGUUCCAAGUGUUAUUAAACGGUCUAAAAGCGAAAGAAAGGGAACCUCCAUGGAAAAAGAUUCAAAAUUUAAAAAACGUCCAAACGAUUCUUUUAAACUUCGACGAUCGGUGAGUGAAAUGAAAGGGAAGCGUCCCCAUCAAAAACAUAGAAAUGAAACUGGACGUCUGAAACGUACACCUAGUGACGAUUCUAUUUCAACUCACUAUUCAUCUUUAUUUGAACUUUCGUCUCUUGAAGAAAAGUCCGAUGUUGUUACUUUUCAAGGUUUGAAAUCUAAGAAAAGGGGGAGACAUAAAAAUGAAAUAAAAGAACGACAAUCGCCAGAAUCUGUUCCUAGUAAAUGGGUAGAACUUGCUAAUAAGAGAAGUCUAGGCGCAUUUGAAAAAUUUAUGAGAGCUCAAAAUGUACUUCAGGUUGAUACGUUUGGUACAAAUAAGGGUCAAUUUGAAUCAGAGGCAUUUGAGUUGAUGGAUCCCAACGAGCGAAAAAUGAUAUUCAAUUGUGGAAAACAAAGUGGAAUAAGAUACAACAAAGAACUUAAGAAAAGUGGAAGUACAACUACUUUAAACAUAAAUAUUCCAUUGCCACGACAACAGAAAAAGUUACGUACUUUAUCUGCCGGACAUAAACCUCUCAGUAAGGGUCUAAAUUUGGAGGAGGCUAGACAACAACUAGCAAGAGAACGUCAAUUAGCCAUGGCGCGUCAAAGGCAGGAAAGUAGAAGUGGAAGACCUAGAAGAAGAUCUACUCAUUCACGGUUAGCAUCCGCGCGUUCAGAAAUCAGUUCAAAUGUUUCAUGUACAACGCCGUCAAUACGCUCAAUAUCACCUGCAACUACAUACGAAAAACCGGAAACUAUGUGGAAAGGGGAUAAGGAAAUCCUGGAGAUGGAUUUAAGGCGUGGCCUAACUACACGUGUUCAAAAAAGGAUUAAAACAACUACGUCUGCUUUGGAACGUGUUACCGGUUACGGUGAAAAUAAUGCAUUACAAAAAACAGUUGGGAGAUGCGAGGAUUUCCCGCAUCUUGUUGAUGAUGAUUACGGAUUUAAACCAAAAAUCAUCCAGAAAAUGAGAAUAUCCCCAUACCUUAGUAAUGUGAUCCGAACAGACAUAAAGGUAAGAAUGGGUCGACCCAGAUAUCACGAAAUCAAAAUCAGAGACUUAGAAUGGUGGAAUCGAGGCCAAUCAUUAAACCGAGCACAUAGAAAUUUGAAAGUAUUUAAUUGGUUGCAUAGUCUACGUGAGGAUGAUUUUGAACACUUAUUAGAUUUAGACAUAAUUGACAAACCACCUGAAUCUAGGGACGACAUUGCAAAUAUGCACGUGGAAUCAGCAGACGAACCGGAUAUCAAACCUCUUUAUCAAACAGAUUUUUUUAAAUGAAUUGUGAUCAAUUGUGUUCUUGUAUGAAAUCUAGUCCAUAGAAUUCAAUA